AUGCUUCCUGAUCUUCUGCCACUGGCCUCUGACUCUAUGGCUUGUCCAGAUUCUCCUCAGUGUCAUCCCACUCCAUUUUGUCAUAAUUCGUGCUGGCACGCCUACCAAUAUUCGUUCCACUACGAUUGCCUGUUUCAACGACCCCGACUAGUCCACGCAGCCCUGGUAACAACAUACAACAGUGAUGCCACCGGCUUCAAUAUGCACUCGCAGUGCAGGCGAAUUAUCCUUGUCGAGUCCCCGAUGAACCAUAACUCCCUCCUCCAGACCAUUGGGUGCAUCUACCGCAUUGGUCAAUUCCAGGAGCGGGUCGAUAAUCGUGACGAGACCAUUGAGUGA